AUGGAUAAGAUCAUGCAAGAAGAUAAUACCCAAGAAGACCUUGAAGGGAAGUUGGCGCCACCUGUUGUCAAUAAGCCAGAAGACGCCUUCCAUCCUAUUCCUCAUCUCACCCUGGCUUCAAGAGCCAGUAUGGAUCUGCAAGGUGACCAAGCCACAAUCCAGGAAACGCUGUCCGAAGCAAACACUGAAUCCAAUAAGAACACAGAGAAUGAGGACAACAAAGAAGACAAAAUUGACUUCUACCUCUCCUUCCCAAGAAAAUUAUGGCUAGUAGCAGAGAACCAAGCAUUCAAAUCAGUGACCUGGAAUGAAGAAGGAGAUCACGUAAUUAUCCAUGCUGAACAAUUCCAGAAGGAAGUUCUUGACCUUGAAGGGACAGACAAGGUUUUUCAUGCCUCAACCUUGAAGAGUUUCAUCCGGCUAUUGAAUCUGCAUGAAUUCACCAAGAUCCGUCCAAACAACUCAACAGUUCAGGCCCAAGGGAAUGAAAAAGUGAUGACAUACCAUAAUUCCAAUUUUCGGAGAGACAACCCUGCUCUUGUUAAAAACAUCUGCAUGAGAAGAAAUAGAAGAUACACUGAUCUGCAGGAAACACAUAAAACCAGUCCGAUGAAAGAAGGUAAAGAGGAGGCCCAGAUGUCAAGUGCCCAGCUGGAUGCCCAGCAGGAACUUAACCAAGAUCUCCAGAUGGAGUGCAUGAAUGAUCCGGGAUCCAGGAGGGAUAUGCCUUUCUAUUACUGUGGCUUCCCCCUGAGAAACACCUACUUCCAGGAACCAACUGAUUCUAGUGGAGAAGGUACUUCAAGCAACAACCUCUUUGAACUUCUCUAUGAUUAUGAAAACGAAGGCGAUGACGAACAGCCUAGCACUUCACAAUCAGCUCUGGAAAUGCAGUAUAUAACGGAUUUGUACAUCUGUUAUUCUUUCCUGCUGGGUGCACUGCUAUUCCCAGAGGAGGCAGAUGACCCUCUAGAAGGUGACAAAGAUCAAGAUGAUGAUGAAUAG